UGGAUAUCGCCGAGAUUUGGACGGCAAAACAGCGGAAAGACUUUGAGCCACCGCCGCUCACUGUGUGUCCGCAAGACAAGACGUCUCAGAGGCGCGGAACUGGAAAGGGUUCACAAUCUAAAACUGCAGUUGACAUGGAUGAUGAAGAUGGAAGGUGCCUCUUAGAUGUUAUUUGUGACCCUCAGGCACUGAAUGAUUUCUUACACGGAUCGGAAUCGCAGCUGGACAGUGAUGAUCUCCUGGGGGGUUCAGGGGACCCCGCUGGAUCCUUCUUUGUGGGCUCUGGGCACCAUAUCCAGGAGCCCCGGUCCUCCACUCACCUGCUAGCCAGCGAGCCCUCAGCUGCGGCCGGCACCAGCGUGGACCUCGACUUCCUGGAGGAUGACGACAUCCUGGGCUCUCCGCAGGGGGGGGGUGGGCCUGUCUCGGACCAGCCCUGUGACAUCCUGCAGCAGAGCCUGGCCGAGGCCAACAUCACAGAGCAGAGCCUGCAAGAGGCUGAGGAGGAGCUGGACCUGGGGGCCUUCGGCCUGCCCAGCCUCCCCGAGGGGACCCCCCUGCCCCCGCCUGCCCCCGCCCAGCUCUUCCAGGGUCUGCCCCCCCUCACCACCCCGCAGGGCCUGGUGAACAAAGCGAUAAGCGUGCAGCCGUUCGUGCAGCAAAUGGGGCUGGGGAACGUGACCCUGCAGUCUCUCCAGGGGCUCCAGGCCCUGCCCAACGGGGGCCCGGGGGUGGGGGUGGGGGGACCCCUCAGCGGACCUCUGGGGAUCAGCCAGAUUCAAGUGGUGGGCCAGCAGGUGAUGGCUAUCCACCAAUCCGGGCAGCCCAUCCUGACCAAGUCGAUGGGCGGCUACCAGCUGGCCCCCCAGCACUGCGCCCCCCAGCCCCCAGACUCCCUGCAGGCUCUCCAGGGCAAGCCCCCCGGGGGGGCCCUGAACGGGGGCUUCGGGAACGGGCCGGGCCCCCCCCCCCUCCCGGGCGGGGCCACAGCGACGGUGCAGCCCCAGAACAUCGUGAUCCAGCGCACCCCCACCCCCAUCCAGCCCAAGCCCCCCACCGGGGGAGUGAUCCAGCCCAAGAUCUACCAGCUCUCCCCCAAGACCAGCUUCUCAGCUGGGGGGGCGGGCCCGGGUGUCCAGGCUAGCACCCAGGGUGCGGUUCCACUCGCCGCUCUGCAGGGGGAGGUUGGACAGAAGCAGCAGCAGCAGCAGCAGCAGAAUGUAGCUUUCGUGGCAGGCAAACCGGGGCAACAGAACUUGGUACUUUCCACCCCAGGAGGGGCAUUCCCUCAAGCCUUGUCUGCCAGCUUGUUCAAGCACCAGCAAGGUCCCCAGCAGCAGAGCCAGCAGCAGCAGCAGCAGCAGCAGCUGAACAAACCCCUGAGCCUUCAUCUCCUCAACCAGACUGGCAGCAUCGUCAUCCCGUCCCAGGCCAUGCUCCAGGGGCAGAGCCCCUUCCUGCUGCCCCCGCACCUCUCCUCCGCCCUGCAGGGGGGGGGCCAGAUCCUCGCCCAGCACCCCGGGGGGGGCCACAUCAUCGCCAGCCAGGGCCCCGGCGGGCAGCUGAUCGCCAACCAGAUCCUCUCCAGCCACCAGGGCCUGGCCGGACAGUUCAACCUGGGGCAAGUGCUGGCGUCGCAGGGGCCCCAGGGCCACAUCCAGCUGUCGGGCCCCAUCCAGCUGCAGGGGGGGGGGCAGGCUCUGUUCCAGAUGCCGGUGUCGCUGGCCGGGGGGUCCCUGCAGACUCAGACUCAGUCAGGGGGGGCGGGGGCAGGGGCGGGCAUGAUUCGGGCAGGCAUGGCUCUGCCCAGCCCGGCGCUGACCGUCCUCAACCAGUCGCCAGAGCCCAGCGGUCAAGCACUUGUAUCCCAGCAGCAACACCACCACCAGCAGCGGUCUGACUCCACGCUGGCUGGGUUAAUGACUGGGGGCAGCAAUGAACGACAGCCCCCUCCCCCUCCCCCUCCCCCUCCCCCUCCCCCUCCUCUCCCUGCCUCUGCACUGACAGUACAGACCCCUUCCCCCUCUCUGUCGUCGUCGUCUUCUUCGUCAGCAGUGUCCUCCUCCUCCUCCGCUCAGCCCCUCCAGAUCUCCGCUGUGCACCUCCAGCAGCCCCAGCCCCCCUCCCUUCACAGCCCCGGCCAGAUCAUCAUCAGCCAGCAGGGGGCAGGCAUGGUCCUCAGCCAAGAGUCAGUGCAGCUCUUCCUCCAACAGCAGCAGCAAGCUCUCUUCCAGGCAGGGGAGAAAGGCGUUAGCCCCGCCUCCAGCUGUGUCCCCGCCUCUGUCAUCGUCAGCAGCAGCUCUGGCCCCUCCCCCUCCAGCCGGGAGAGCCUGUCAGCAGAGGCUAGACCUGGACAAGUCUCCGCCUCCUCCUUCGGCUCUCCACACACGGCACCGCUGGUGUACCAGAUUUCCUCGACAGUACAGCAGCAGCAAUCCAAACCCCUCGGCUCCUCUCCCUCCCACACGCUACCUCACCCCCCUUCCGGCUCCAACAGCCCCCAGCUCCCCCCCCUCAUCCUGGGCCAGAUACAUUCCCCGCACCCCUCCCGCCCCCCUUCCAGACCCUCCUCCCAGCCCCAAUCCAGACCCCCCUCCCAGCCCCAGCCCCUCUCCCGUCCCCCUUCGGAGCCCCCCUUACCCCGCUCCUGCACCCCCUCGCAGCCCCCCCUCUUCAUCAUCCAGAACCACCCGGGGGGGUCCCCCCAACCCCAACCGCAAUCUCAGCAGCAGCAGCAGCAGCAUCAAGGGGGUGCCACUGGCCCUCCCGCCUCGGCGCAAUCCCCAGUCUUGAGACCCCACUCCCAGUCUCCCUACCAGCUGCCCCCUGCCUCCCAGCCGGAGGUCCGGGGAAUGGGGUCCCCCCAGCCGCUGCAGCCUCCCGAGGGCCGGGCAGGGCUGCCAGUGCCAGUGGGACACUACCAGUUCCAUUUCCAGCAGCAGCAGAGUCCGCGUUUGGGGCUCCAGGCUCAGCCCCCCGCUGCCCCCCCUCCCAUGCAGACCCUGCACCUGACCGCAGAGCAGCAGCAGAACCUGCAGCUGGUGGGGGAGCAGCUACAGACACUGUCAACCAUCGCUCAGCCCUCCCUGCAGCAGAGGCAGCUGCUGGACACACUGCACCAGAUCCAACACAACAUCAUCCUUCAGGCGAGGCAGCAGACCCAGGCGCAGUCCCAGUCUGGUUUGACUCAGUUCAGCAGCACCCCCCAGCCCUCUGUGCUGGUCAGCCAGCAAGCCCCUCCCCCUGCCUCCAGCGGCCAGGCCAGGCCGCCGCACCCUCAGCCGGACCACGCCCACUCUGCUGCCGUGACCUCGGAGGGGGCGGGGCCUCCCGCACAGCUGGCCUCUCUGCUGCAGCAGACUUCUGUGGUGGUGAAGACACCGGGCACUGGUUUGGGGGUCUCUCCUGCGAUGCAGAGCGAAGGAAAGCCGUUCGCUGGGGGGGUGCAGAUGAAACAGGGGACCCUCCCUCUCCCGCAGAGCGUGCAGGGGCAGCCGGGGGUGAUCAGCUCAGUGGGGGGCCUCAGUGUGCCGAAGGGGUCGCUGCAGAUGCAGGUUUUGGGGGCGGGGGUCCCCCAGGUAGUGCCCACAGCCUCCAUGCAGACACAGCCUCAGCUGGGAUCCGUGACGAGGCCUGUCUCUGCACCGCCCAGUAAAGAAGCUCGGAUGCUGGAGCAGCUCCGCAGACAGCAGGGGGCAGUGUUGCACCCGGAUUAUCAGUCUCCCUUCAGCACCUUCGGAGAUGCACUGCAAAGAUUGCUCCCCUACCACCUGUACCAGGGGACCCCCUCCUCGGGCAAGGACUACACCAGAGUGGAUGAUGAGUUUGAGAGUGUCUCUGCUCAGAUUCUCAAACGCACCCAGGCCAUGCUCAACAAAUACAGACUGCUGCUGUUCCAGGAGUCCAGGCGCCAGGGCCCCUCUGCAGAGAUGGUGAUGAUUGACAGAAUGUUUAUUCAGGAGGAGAAGACGGCUCUAUCUCAGGACAAAGUGCUGGCCAAGGAGAGACCAGAUGAGUACGUGCUUCCUUCCUGCGUCACACAGGGCCUCUCUACCUCCUCCUCUUCCUCCUCCUCCUCCUCCCGCCCGCGGCCACCUGCCUUUUCCAGCUCCUCCUCCAGCAGCGCCACAGCCCCGCCCCUCAUCACGGCCACCAAGCUGGUCAUCAAACACGCCGGGGGGGCGUCGCCCUCUGUGUCCUGGGCCCGGGCCACGCCCCCUCCCUCUGUGACGUCAUCGCCGGGGGGCGGGGACGCGGACUCCUUGCCUUCCAGGAGCAGCAGGCCCCCGAUGAAGACCUAUGAAGCUCGCAGGAGGAUCGGGCUGAAGCUGAAGAUCAAGCAGGAAGCUGGCUUGAGCAAAGUGGUGCACAACACAGCGCUGGACCCCGUUCACACGCCCCCCAGCACCCCCAAAACGCACACACCGGGCAGCACGGUCAUCCGGGCUCUCAGCAACGCGACCGCCCCCUCCCCGCUCCCCCUCCCCCCCGCGGUGUCCACGGCGACCGGCACGCCCACGGUGAUCACGGCCAAUCAGGUGAAUGGGACCCUGGGCCACCCGGCGGACAGGAAGCAGCCCACGCCCACUUCCUGCCGUCUCCCGCUGCGCAAGACGUACCGGGAGAACACGAGUCCGCUGAGGCCGGGGGCUGAGGAGGGGAGAUGGGGGGAGGGGGGAGGGGGGUUCGGACACUUUGGGGGCCCCUCCCAGCCCCAAAACACUCCCCCCACGACCCUGACCCUCACCCCCACCCCCAUCCCCAUCUCCACCAGCACCACCGCCUCGACUACCUUCACCCCCCAGCAGAGGGCAACCCUGCCCAGGAGACCCCAGGCACAGCAGCAAGCGCUGUUCGAGGAGGAGGAGGAGAGAGGAAGAGGGCUGGAGAGGGGCAGCAGGACAGUCAUUGCCACAGUGAGGCUGGAGAAGAAAGGGAGGAGCCCCAGGAACGAGGCUGUGAUGUUCGGGAAGGACCGGGAGAGGCGGGAAGAUGCAGCCGGCUUCAGGAAGCAGCUUUCCGGAGCGGAGGAGGAAUUCUACAGGGGAGCGAUCAAGCAGGAGCCCCUAGACCACUACAGCACGGGAGGGGGACUCUUAAACACACACCCAGGCUUCUCCGGCCCUGCCAGGGCUCGGGGAGCGGGACUGGGGGGGUCCCCCGAGGGGGAGGGGGGGCGCAGCUCGUGGGACAGCCCCUUCCCCAGCGCGGCCAAGCGGUCCAAGUCGGAGUCUCUGGAUGUGGACAACGCCAGCUUCUCCAGCGGCAGCCCCCCCCAGGACGACUCUCUCAACGAGCACCUGCAGACCGCCAUCGACUCCAUCCUCAACCUGCAGCAAGGACAGGGGCCCCCCAGACCCCAGCCUGGCCCCUGCAGGGGCCCCUUGAACACACACAGGCCGCAGCAGCAGCAGCAGCCGGCUGGAGAGACCGCUUACCCCCCCAGGAGCCGCAACGGAGGAGUGGGCAAGGCAAGGACGUAUAGUAGAUAACAGAGAGGCAGCGGGGGGUCUGUCUGUCUCUGCGGCUUCUGACUCCCUGUUCGUUUUUAUUUUUAUGUUGAUGACAGCGUGACUGAACUGAGUAAUUCCAGGAUCCUGCGUAAUGUUUUUUAUGUGUUGUUCCCACAUCAAAACUGAAGAACUGGACUGAGAGACACAGAGAGAGAGAGACGCACACACACACACACACAGAGACGCACACACAGAGACACACACACACACACACGCAGAGAGAGACGCGCACAGAGAGAGACGCACACAGAGAGACGCACACAGAGAGAAACGCACACACAGAGAUGCACAGAGA